GAACAUCCAUAAAUAAUAAUUAUGAUCUAACUAAAGUCACUCUGUCAAACUGUUUCACAGUUCACAUUUUUCACAAAUUUACAUCUUGCCUUCAAAAUUAUUGGAUACAUUUAUCAAUGGAAUAAGUGAAUGUGUUACCAGAAUUUGCCUUACCCUUAUGAUUUACUGAAGGUAACUACACUAUUUUUCCUGCAAAAUGACUUCCUGUAGCAGUGCAAUGAGUAAUUUUCAUCAAGAUCACAAUCUGAAAACUCGUCAUAGCUUCUACGGUGGCGAAACACCAAGAGAUUCCCUACACUCCGGCAGCUCGUGGAAGUCCGACGUGAACGUGCCAGAAUCAGCGCCAAAAUGUAGGAAGAACACCUGCCGUAGAAGCGACUUUAAAAACGUUGAUUCUGCGGAGUAUUACAAACGAUAUGAACAUGAUGAAAUCCCCGUUAAAGACGAUUCCAAUAAAGUUAUAAUAAGUAACAGUAGAGACAGCGACCAGCCGUCGCUUACCAAUUCCGACUUGGAGAAACUAGAAAACAAGAUUUAUAAAAAUAUAUCACAAGAACUACAAACCGACGAUUCAUCUAUUAGCAGUCUCGAAUCAAACAUUAAAUUCUUCAAAACGACUGUUCAAGAGAUUUUCGAUAAUUUCUAUACGAGUAUGCAGGAUUUCGAACUUUACAAAAAGAGAUUUGAGGAGAUUUUAGCUAAAAAUCGUGAAGACUCCAUUGCCGACAUGGAAGAUUUCAUUAAGGACAUGAUACACCACAUAAUGUCUUCAGACUCCUGCCUGUCAAGCGAAAGUCGAAAGUGGGUUGAAAUGACCAAUCUUGAAAUUCAAGACAAAGUGGAUUCAUGUCAUUCUAGUGCUGCCUCAGAAAAGCAAACGGCAAAACUUUUAGAAAGUCUACACUCCGUUGUUGAAGCUUAUAAAAAUGAAAAUUAUCUCACUGACUCUACAUUUGACGACAAUCCAUCUAAACAAACAAAUUCGACAAAGAAAGAAGAAAUCUUUAACAUUUAUUUAUUGAGCGGCGCUCCUUAUGUCCAAAUCAAAAUGAAUGAACGUCAUUUGCUGUCGGAAAUAAAUAUCAAAGAUGUAGGCCGACAGGAAACUGAAUAUCAUGUUGCAUCUGCAGAAAAUUUGAAGAAGCUUGCGGCAAAGAAACUGGAAUUAGAGAAGUAUGUGAGGCAGCAGCAAGAAAGUCAAGCCCCUGAUAGAGAAAUACCCGUCAAAAUUUCAUUCGCCAAGAAGAACAUUCAUUUGAAUGAAGACUUCGCAAAUGAUAGAGAUAAGGACGACAACAAGUCUCUGAUGUCUAAGAUUUGUAGUUACAUUUGCAAGAAAUUUCGCAAGAAUUAAUUCAUACUAAUAAUUAUGGUGAUCGACUAGGAAAUUUGAGUAAUAAAAUGAAG